AUUUCUCAAGACUCGCUGUGAUUGGCUAUGCCAUUGACGAGUGUGACGUCACAUGGAAGCGCCGAACUCCAGUUUCCAAAGUUUUUAUGAGGAGCUAUGGAUAGCUGAUGGACAGAAAAGUGAGUUUCUGUCGUAUUAGCCGCCUAGACAACAGAUGGAUGACAUCAACGUACUACACCACAGAUGCCUCCUGAAUCUAAGGCGUCGAAUUAGAGAUAUUGGGGAUGGCCGCCAAGCACAGGAACGAUACAUGAGGAUACAGAAGGAUGGAGAUGCACUCAGUUACCAAGGGAACUCUGAAGAGGUGGGUUGCUAUGUGGCUGGCCAUCCUUUAUCAAAGGGAAAUUGCUACUUUGAGGUGACAAUAGUGGACACAGGAGUGAGAGGGACCAUUGCUGUGGGCCUGGUGCCCAAAUUCUACAGGCUGGACCACCAGCCUGGCUGGCUGCCAUACUCUGUAGCUUACCACGCUGACAACGGCAAGUUAUACAAUGGCAACCCUGUGGGACAGGAGUUUGGGCCAAAGUGUGCUCGUGAUGACCGCAUUGGCUGUGGAAUACACUCAGAAAAUACUGAAGCAGGUUUUACAACAGUCUUUUUUACCAAAAAUGGCAAAGAGGUCGGUUCAGUGGAGGUUCCCGUGUCUGCAGAGGGGCUGUUCCCCGCUGUAGGGAUGCACUCCAUGGGGGAGGAGGUGAAGGUUGACCUGCAGGCUGAGUGGUUCCUGGAGGUAGAUGAUGGCAUGAUGAUGGUGGACAGCCACGAAGAUGACUGGGGGCGACUUUACGACGUCCGGGUUACCGGCACGCUCUUAGAGUAUGUUGGCAAAGGAAAGAGCAUCAUGGACGUGGGUUUGGCCCAGGCCCGCCAGCCACUCACCACUCGCUGCCACUACUAUGAAGUGGAGAUUGUUGAUGCUGGGGAGAAGUGUUACAUUGCCCUGGGCCUGGCGAGAAGGGACUACCCCAGGAACAGACACCCGGGAUGGAGCCGAGGCUCGGUGGCGUACCAUGCUGAUGACGGCAAGAUCUUUCACGGCAGCGGGGUCGGAGACGCUUUCGGUCCUCGCUGCUUCAAAGGUGACAUUAUGGGCUGCGGCAUCAUGUUCCCACGAGACUACAUCCUGGACGGAGAAGGUGACGUGGACGACUGGGAUCGGGUGGAGGUCCGUCCGGAUCACGCAAGCGUCCAGAACGUUCUGUACCUCGACGACGAAGAAGAGGAAGAGGAAGACGGGGAAGAGGUAGAGCAGGGACAGGAGGGCCGGAAGGUCACGGUGUUCUUCACCAGGAACGGGAAGCUGAUGGGCCGCAGAGAGAUGAGGGUUCCUCCUGGGGGCCUUUACCCCACCGUGGGGAUGCUGAGCAGCGGAGAGAAGGUGAAAGUGGAUUUGCACCCCCUCAGUGGAUGAGCUGAGCACGCCCACUGGACUCGUGAUGCCCUGCAAACAGCUGGCUGCACUGUAGAGCUCACCCACGGUAGCCUAGCAUGCUGCGAACACUCUGUUCUGCUGCACACACGCACGUCGUCAGCGUCGACGCUGCUUCUGCUUUUAUUUAUAAGACCUGUACAUUGUCACAGUCAUCACAGAAACACAACCAGAGCAGCAGAGACGUCGUACAUGAGCUGUGUAGGUUACAGCAUGCUGCACAUACAACAAAAAUAAAUAUUUAACAGUUUAUUCUAUGCAAUCUGUACUGCUAUCACCCUCACAUCUAACCUGCCUCUGCAUGCAGUGUGUCUGAAACACUGAGCUGUUAAAUCCCUCAUGAGCUCUGGCACACUUCGUUUAUUUCAUUUGUCCCGACCCCAAGCAAAGCAGAGCGAGGCCAGCAGUUGUGCCGAGUCGGAGCUGGUUGGAGAUUUAUGUUUCAGGGAAUAGAUCCUCCCUCUCCCUGUCCUCUCUCUGGGGGGAGGCUGCCCUCCUGUGAGCGAUCAGGGACCUGCCGUUGCCCCGCCUCGCUCGCUGCUCUCCCGGAGCUGUGCUGGAAGUGAAACCGUGGGUCUGUUGCAAAAUCUCCGAAAUGUAUCCACAUUUAUUAUUGUAGGAGGAUUAUUAGAGGUUUCACAUCCUCGCAUCAAGAUGCUGUUACUGUUUUUAUAGCUUCGUGUCGGAGCCAGACUACAAAUAGAAAACAUGUCGGGUAUAUUCUCUGCAAAAUACACAUUUAAAAUGUUUCUUCUUUGUCAAAAGUUCAGGGAAUGUUGUUUUUGCACUUUGGGGCAGACGUGAAUACAGUGUGGGGGGGGGGGGGGCGAAAUAAAGAAAGCACCUUCUGGUAUAAUGCAGUCCCAUGUAUCCACAGAGAUAAAUAAAGAACUUUGUAAGCCUCACACAGAUUGCAUCAUACUGUAACGUGUUGACCUGUUAGUUUUACUCGUCCUCACUACGAAGGGUUC